AUAAUAGAACAUUCAACUGCGAAGUGAACUAAGGAUAGAACCUGAAGAUUGCAGAACCGUAGGGACCUAGAACGUCAGAGAGGCAGUCUAAGGACUGGCACUGCAAAGUCAGCGAUGAACUGACUUCAUCCCAGUCUCUCAGCCCCCACCAGGACCAAUCUGGAGUCCCUCCCCUGCCCCCAUUCAAAUUUCCCUUCUGUCCCCAAACUCAUCUCUGAUCUAGACCUUACUCACCUGCUUCCUGUUUCCUAAGACUCCUUCCUGCAGUCCCCAGACUGAGCCUUUUGUCUUUGUCCAACCUGUGCCAGACACCUCCUUUUCCAGAACGUUCUUACUAGUGACCUUAUCUCUGUUUCCUUCUGGGGUCCUAGGAAAUGCCAGCACUCCCGUCCGCAUUGCCUGGACUUUCCGACACUCCCUAACUGCCCUGUGUCCUAUCUCAACACUGUCUCAUGUAUUUCCUGUGUCUUCUAGAACAUCCUCCAGCCAUUAUUACUUCAGUAUGGCUACACAUACUUCCUAACUGCCCUGCAAACAUCUCCUUCUCACCGUUGCCCAGUGAUGCUUUCAUCCCCUCCAUAAACACUCCCCGAGACCAAUUUUUGUGUCACCCCUAUACUCCCUCAUUGACACCCUGAUUAACUCUAUACAUAACCUCCUUGACAAACCUCUUUAUUAAUCUCAUCAUCCUCCAGACUUCCUUCCUGUCAUAACUCCAUCCCUCCUCCAACUUUUCCCUCUCAAGCUCUGCCCUUCCCAGCCCAGCCCAGCCUACCCGACCUCAACUCUUCCCUGUAGACUACAUCCCACCAUGUUCCCCUGAGCCUCCAAGGAAGGGGCUCAGGGGGCCCCAUGGCCUCCCGCUCCCCGUGGCCCCACAGCCCUCGUGGGCCAGGGGAAGCGUCCCAGAAGCCGAAGUGCCCACCAUGGGCAACCACACGUGGGAGGGCUGCCACGUGGACUCACUUGUGGACCACCUCUUUCCGCCAUCCCUCUACAUCUUCGUCAUCGGGGUGGGGCUGCCCACCAACUGCCUGGCUCUGUGGGCGGCCUACCGCCAGGUGCAACAGCGCAACGAGCUGGGCGUCUACCUGAUGAACCUCAGCAUCGCCGACCUGCUGUACAUCUGCACCCUGCCGCUGUGGGUGGACUACUUCCUGCACCAUGACAACUGGAUCCACGGCCCCGGGUCCUGCAAGCUCUUCGGGUUCAUCUUCUACACCAACAUCUACAUCAGCAUCGCCUUCCUGUGCUGCAUCUCGGUGGACCGUUACCUGGCCGUGGCCCACCCACUCCGCUUCGCCCGCCUGCGCCGCGUCAAGACCGCCGUGGCCGUGAGCUCUGUGGUCUGGGCCACCGAGCUGGGCGCCAACUCGGCGCCCCUGUUCCAUGACGAGCUCUUCCGAGACCGCUACAAUCACACCUUCUGCUUUGAGAAGUUCCCCAUGGAAGGCUGGGUGGCCUGGAUGAACCUCUAUCGGGUCUUCGUGGGUUUCCUCUUCCCGUGGGCGCUCAUGCUGCUGUCGUACCGGGGCAUCCUGCGUGCCGUGCGAGGCAGCGUGUCCACCGAGCGCCAGGAGAAGGCCAAGAUCAAGCGGCUGGCCCUCAGCCUCAUCGCCAUCGUGCUGGUCUGCUUUGCGCCCUAUCACGUGCUCUUGCUGUCCCGCAGCGCCAUCUACCUGGGCCGUCCCUGGGACUGCGGCUUCGAGGAGCGCGUCUUUUCUGCAUACCACAGCUCACUGGCUUUCACCAGCCUCAACUGUGUGGCGGACCCCAUCCUCUACUGCCUGGUCAACGAGGGUGCCCGCAGCGACGUGGCCAAGGCUCUGCACAACCUGCUCCGCUUUCUGGCCAGCGACAAGCCCCAGGAGAUGGCCAACGCCUCACUCACCCUGGAGACCCCACUCACCUCCAAGAGGAACAGCACAGUCAAGGCCAUGACUGGUGGCUGGGCGGCCACUCCGCCCUCCCAGGGGGACCAGGUGCAGCUGAAGAUGCUGCCACCAGCACAGUGAACCCCGUGUGGCACAGAACCCCCAGUUUUCCCCUCUCAUCCCACAGUCCCUUCUCUCCUGGUCUGGUGUAUGCAAAUUGUAUGGAAAAAGGGCUAUGUUAAUAUAAGAAUACAAGAACUUAGGAAGAGUGAG